CCUUCUCGGCUAUUGACAUGUAGGGUCUUGCAGAGAAACAUAAUAAGGAAUUCCGGUUACAAAGUUUAUUCACAACACAGCAAGCAUAAGAGCUGCAUCGGCCUGUUUGAAAAUGGUUGUUUCAAAUGUCAAAAUGCGCGAAUCACAGGUCGUAAGCUCCCAGAGAAUCCAGGCAGUUAACACCAAUGCAGAGAGCAGCUUGGAGAGGUUCAAGGCCUAUGCAGUCUUCCAGGAGAUAAAAAAGAAGCUGGAGGAGGAUGGGGAGUCAUUUGUGAAGAAGAUUGGGGGGGUGUUUGCCUUCAAGGUCAAGGAUGGUCCGGAUGGUGAAGAGGCGACCUGGAUAGUGGACGUGAAGAAUGGCAAGGGUUGCGUUCACAAUGACACAGCAAAGAAAGCGGACUGCACCAUUGCCAUGUUGGAUGCAGACCUGCUGUCCUUGAUGACGGGGAAAAUGAACCCACAGACAGCGUUCUUCCAGGGCAAGCUGAAGAUCACAGGGAAUAUGGGAAUGGCCAUGAAGCUCCAGAGUUUGCAGUUGCAGCCAGGCAAAGCCAAGCUGUGAGCUCAACAGCAGCCACCCCCAUCCAACUCUAGUAGUUUGAGGAGAGGAAGGAUGAGGAUGUGAGGAGAGAAUGAUGAGAUGGAAUAAUGGAUGAAGAGAAAGACUUUUCUCCCUUUCGCUCUCUCUGACCCCUCUGUCUUUUUCUAAUAUAUUAAUGACCAGAACACACUAGACUAGAAAUAUAUAUAUUGCCUCCAGGACCCUGAAGGUCCUCUAUGAUAGAUUUUCUGCCAUUUUAGAAUUUUGUUCAAAAAAAAUAAAAAAUAAUAUUACUCCUCUGGCACCAAAUGACACAUCUGUACAACACUUGAUACAUGGCAUCUAUGGACCAAGCUCUCACAUGUUUUUCCAGGACAGCAUGUCAAACAACAUGGCGGCUACUGAUCAAUAAACAUUAAUAAACAACAUAACAACUUGGUACACGUGUUCCAAACACUGUCGAGACUCUCAACAUCUAUGCACAUUCAGAUCGACCAAACAAUGGCGCUAUAACGGGCACAUGUUUGUCUCCCCUGAUCCUUUUUAACUCAGACCGAUGAGUCUAGCUAGCUAAGUUAUAAAGUGUGAUUCAGUUUGGCCACAUGGGGGAAUUGUUGGACAGAAUCAUUCAUGCGUUGACUCAUAGAACCCAUAUUGUUUGAGAAAGGUUCUUGGAAAAUAUCACAUUAAAAGCCUAUUGCAUGAUCUGUUUGAUUUUGAGCUCUGAUAAUUGGCAAGCUUGGUAAGGAGUACAGAAGUAGCUCGUCCUAGGGCAGUUUAUCCAAUUUGUCCUGAUGGUGGAAAAGUGGGCCCACAACUUGAUCCCCAGCAUUGCAUCUUCCAAUUCUAUUUUUAUAUGAAUUCGGUUUGAUUUAUUAUGACUCAGAGAAGAUCUGUUUGCAUGAAAAUUAUGUCAUGAAUUUAAUCAUGCCCCUCUCAUCUGACAAUGUCUGAUCUUUUUCCCCCCAUUAAGUUUCAUGUGGUAAUGGAUAUGUUAUCGAUCUUGACAUAAUUCAUGUAUUGUACUGUCUCAGAGCUGCGCUAUAGUCAUUUCUCCUUAUGCAGCCUUUAUGAGAUAUGAAACACUAAAGUGCCUCUCAGGUGUGCAGUAUCCCCUGUUACUUUAUGAACAAGUGUAAAACUAUUGAUAAGCUCUCAUCUGAUUCAUAAAAAUCUGAAAUACACCUGAAUGAAUUUUACUGUGUUACUUUCAGCCAUGUUGUUCUGACUGUGACCGCCUGAAUGACUCAUGAUGCUAAAGUGAUUUAUCCUAAAUAAACUCUCUGUUACUUGCUAAUAAAUGCUGUUUAAAAAUGGUA